UUAGGAAGAGAAGAACAUGUUCUCCGUGGUUUUAAUCAUUGUUUUCAGCAUUGCAAAUCUUACAACCACGGCAGAGCCUGAUCAAGCAAAUCCGAAUGAGGUUGUACAACCAUACUUUUUUGGUGAAGAAAAUAAAGUUGAAGAAAUAGAACUGGGACAAAAUCUGACUAUUGAAUGCAAAGCUUUCUUUGGAUGUAGCGACACAACACUUGUUGAAAUGUACUGGGUACAAGUGAAACAAAAUAAAGAAAUACAAGACAGUGAUGACGACAAGUUUUUUGAAACAUGUGAAAAGAUGAUCUUUACAACAUGUGAAACUAAUAUGAUAAAAAUGAAUCAAACAUGUAACGUAUUUGCUAGCACUAAAUUAUACUUAAUAAACAUAAGGGAAGACAAUGUUAAAUAUAAUUAUAACUGCAAAAUGGAUACUCCUUUUGGAAGUAAGAUAAAGAUAUAUACUCUCAAAAUAAAAGAAAAAAAAUCAGAUAUUUCACAAGAAGUCUUCAUCCCAUCCAUCACUUGCUCUAUCUGCAUAGUUCUCCUAGUAAUUGUAUGUGUCUUAUUAAGGAUUGACAUUGUUUUAUUAUACCGCAGUAUAACAGGAAAAGAUGAAACCAUUGCAGAUGGAAAGGAGUAUGACGCUUAUGUAUCUUGUGUUUAUGAUUCAUCCAAUGAUGUGGAAGAGAGAAGCUUUGCAUUGCAGAAUUUACCAAAUAUUUUGGAAAAUUACUUUGGUUAUAAGUUAUGCUUCCUUGAACGAGACAUUAUUCCAGGAGGAUCAACAGUAGAUGAUAUGGACUCCUAUCUUGAAAAAUGCAGAAGGCUUAUCAUACUCCUGAGCAAGAACUACAUAUCUGACAGAGCAAUGUAUGAGCUUGAAAGUGGAAUGCACAAAGCCAUGGUAGAACGGAAGAUUAAAGUUAUCGUGAUUGAAUUUACGUCACUAAAUGAACGUAUUAAAGUCAUGCCAGAUUCUCUGAAACUUUUAAAAGCCAGCAGUCGAGUUAAAUGGAGAAAGGAUCAGUCGUUUUCGGUGAAAUCCAGAUUCUGGAAAAAAAUCCGGUACCUAAUGCCAGCCAAGCCAUUCAAGCCGAAAAUGUCAUAUUCAUGUGAAUGUUAGUCUAUGCUGUUUUGUAAUGUUAUGAUUUGGAAGCCAACUAAAAAGAAUAAUAGAAAGAUACACAAGUUUGGUGCUCACUCUACAAAAUAAAGAACAGGUUUUUAUAAAUAAAAGCUAUACAUAACAUGUGUAGCAGUUUGGC